AUGACUUCAUUGCUUAUGUUAUUUAUGUAUGCAAUUGUUGGACCAUUUGCAAUUUUAAAACUUUAUGCAAAAAAUUUAAUGCGUCGAGCUUAUAAAAAUCAAAUUCUACUUAAAUUAAUGGCAUCAGUCGUUAGCUUAGCAGUUGGUUCACAAAUCGCAUAUAGAUACCGUUAUCGACAUACAUUCAUAUGGUUAACUAGUAGUAUAUUUUUUCUUCUUCUCAAUUAUUGGUAUAUUAUACCACUUCUUCUUAUUUAUGUUUUACCUAUAAUACAUAAAUUUACACAAGUUUGGCUUUCAUUUAUUGAUAUAUUUUCUGAUAAAAUUCUUCGUCCUUGUAGUACAAAGCUUCGUCAAAGUUUACCAUCAAUAUGGACAUUUGAAUCUGAUCAAAAAUUAUGGCCGAUUGAAAGUAUUCGUUUUAUGUUAACUUAUGGUACAAUUGGUCCAGCACUUUAUUGUGGUUAUGAAGUUUAUUCUCAUUUAUUUUUUGGUAUUAGUUUUAAUUUAUGUAUUUCAGUAGCUGUAACGAUUCUUGUUACAAUAACAUUAUGGCAUAUACUUGAUUCUAUUGAUAAAGAUCUUUAUCCAUUUUUAUUUGCAAUUAUAAUACAAUAUUAUAUUAUACCAAUAAAAUCAGCACUAAAUAUUCCUUUAACACUUUUAUUAACAACAUUUUUAUUUCCUUUUCUCAAUAAUCUUUUAAUUAGUAAUUCAAUUCAAGAUUUUAUACAAAAUAUUAAAUCAUUAAAUUUUCGAACAUUUGUUGAAACAAAUAGUAAUUAUAAACAAUUUUAUAGUGAAUUUGUUAAUUUAUUUAUUGCAAUUUAUUUAACAUACAAAGUUUUUCGUAUUUGUUUGUUAUGUAAUGUAUCAUGGUUAAUAAUAUUAUCAAUUAUAAUAUUUUUACCGAUUUAUUUCUAUACACAUUGUAUACGUUUUAUAGCAAUUGAACCAAAUACAAUUAUGUUUUUAUUCUCAUCAUUUAUUUUAAGUAUAGAUAUUUUAUUUCGACGUGCUCAUGAUCAUUUUAUUUAUAAAUAUUUUCUUGUUAUUAUGAUUUUAACGUUUUAUUUUGCUUUAAUCUAUCCAUUAUUAUAUCAUAUAUUACGUCGUUUAACAAUUAAAUCAGCAAAUGAUAUUGGAUUAAAAUUAAAACAAUAUCGAGAAAAAAUUAAUCAACAAACAUUUCAAUUUAAUCAACAAUAUUUACGCAUUACUUAUAUUCAUGACUCAUCAAAAUAUUUUAUAUUACAUUUAUGUAAUAUCUUAAUUACUAUUUCUUUACUUAUGUUUCUUCCAAUAAAUAUUUUCCCACGAUUAAUUCUAUCUUUAUUAAGCUAUUUACUAAUUGGUCGAUUAUUAUUAGAACGUGGUUUAGAAAUUCUUGCAAUUCUAAUAUCAUUAUCCACAAGUAUAACAGUCGGUGCUGAUGUUUCUAUUCGUUAUGGUAAUUCUUUAUUAUUAAUUAUGUCACUUGCUUUGAUAACAUAUGUAUCAACAUUAGUAGUUGCUUUUCCGAUAAUCUAUCGUUUUAUACAAUUUAUAUUAAUUCAUUUGCCUUUAAUUGAUUAUGUUGAUAAUUAUUUAGCAAAAUUAUUUAUCUAUAUAUGGUCAUAUUUUGAUAUUUUUUGGCCGCAUAUUCGAACAAGUUUUACUGAAGUAAAAACAACGAUUGAACAAUCAAGAUUAAAUAUGUUUCGUCAUUCGAGACAGAUACAAUAA